ACCGCCUGGGCAGCUCCCAUCCGCGAUGGAUAUCAUGCAAGACAAGGACGUAUAUAUGGACCAAAAUGCGUUGCUCGUCAGCAUCCUCCCUACCACAGUCCAUAGCGCAAUGGCUACACCUCAAGACUCCAUCCAGCUCAACGUCUUCGACCCGCCUCGUCCUUACAUCGAUGACGACGCGGUGUUCCCCGAGGGCACCCGUGUUACACGCAGCGACGACGACGAUCUGAAGACCGUCUUUAUCAAGCAACGGGACGGGUCCUACAAGGUGGAACCCUCCACUGCCUCGGACCCUGUGAUGGUUAACUUUCCCUUCGAUAGUACGCAACUCUACAACGGAGUCAUCGCGACGAUCCUCGACCCUGCUACUGGCGCGCUGCUCGCCGAGUAUGUCAAGCAACACGACAGCUGCUGGAAGCUUGUAUCCGCGACGGACACCGCGUCAGUCAUGCCUGGAGGCCGUCAGAUCGAGAUUCUCCCCCAGGACCCAUUCAACGCUCAACAACCGCCGAACGUGCCUGAGAUCAAGUAUGGGGGCAUGCGGCUGUCUGACAUCCUGCGAGACGCGGGAUCCUCAGUAGAUGAUGCAGAGCGC